GAAUAAUUAGAGCACUGCUGUUAGUGAGUCUAUGCCAGCCACAAUCACUUAGAGACACUUUCCACUGGAAUAAUUAAUAUGGGCUAUAGUCAAUUAAAUUUGGUCCAAGGGGUAAAUGUAAACAGCUAUUAUUAUUUAAUUCCGGUGACCCAAUUUCAGUAACUUUGUGGUAUCCUAGUUGGCCGGAGUCCAUCCAACACUACGCUCAUGGUUGGGUAUCAGUACAGUAAUUUUGUUCCACUACAAGAAAUUUGCAGAUUGCUGCGUUCAAGUGGGAAACCUUACAGCUCAACUUAGCUGACAAGGCGAGCUGGGUCACUGUAUUUCUCCAUAAAAUGCAGAAACAGCUCCUGCUGGAUAUCUAGGCUACUAGAAAAUAACUAUCUUAGCAUCUAUAAAUUAUGAAUGAAGCUUGAACAAUAGCAUCUUUGUAUUAAUUAGUACUUAAUUGUCUUUGUUUUAAGUUUUGUUGUGCUACCAAUAAGAUUAGUUUGGACCAAUCCUCUGUUAUGUGUGCCUUCUUUGGUCUUGGAAAAGCUUCUCCAGAAGCCUCGGGGUAGUCUUAUAGCUGGUUGUAUCUCUCCUUGAGCUAGAUGUCUAACUAUUGUGAUUAUUUCUGCCUGUACUAAAUCUUGUAUUACAGGCUACAGUAUUUUUCUAUACUUUCUCUAAGAGUUCUGAGGUCUUUCUUGAAUUCCAAAACAACUAUAGCUCAGCUAUAGCUAGCUGGACAAUAGCAUCCCAGAUAGUUAAUUGAUUUCUUUAUAUCGCACCCCUGAGCCGCGGUUGUCAGCCACUUAAGAUUAAACAAUAUUCAUACUCUGUCUCAAGUACCAGUGGAAUGAUACCCAACCCAGAGCGCAGCAUUGGUUUGACUUCGCCCAACUAGCGGUAUCCUGAAAGCUUAAAAGAUGCUCUUUCAGUUGGUACGUUCAACUAUAUUUGACCCAUUUUCUACAAAUACCAUGAUUAAACCAAAGAUGGUACUAGUCACGUGAUGUUAGCCUAUAAUUGCCGAGCGCCUUAUCUCAGAAAACCUUUGUAUGUAUGUAUGUAUGUCACGCUCAGGAAUGUCACGCUUCAGGAAUGCAUAAUUGGGUGUGGCUACAUUCGGUUAAUCUUUACUACCUCCAAACUGAUCUACUAUUGGCAUAAUUAUGCGGAGAAUAAAAGCUACGUACUAUAUUAUACUAUAUAGCUAGCUGGAAGAGCUUCUGUGGAAAUCGAAGAGCUAGCUAGCUUAGGCUAGGCUGUAGCUAUAUAGCUAUAUAAGAGUCUCACUUGAACAAAGCCAACAACGACACUACUAACUUACUCUUGAAAGCAGAGUUCUUGAGAGACUGAUUCUAGCCAAAAAUGUAUAAGUAAUUUUGCUAUUUCAUAAUGAAAGCACCUCGGUGGGUGUCAAAUUAAGCUACAUAACAUAAAGCUGUUUUAUACACACAUUAUACAAUGAUGAAUAUUAAUUUUGCUGCAUGCAGAAUCCAUAUCACAGGGAAACUCAAAGAGUGGGUUAUGAUACCAUGAUUGUUGUUAAAACAAUCGAUGCCAAAAGUCCAAGUUUAAAAUUGAUGACUGCAUCAGCAGAGCCUUGCAGCUACCAAUAGCUAGCGUUAUAGUGUAGAGGGCUACUAAGUAUAUAGAGUAGCAACACUCGGUGGACAAGUUGUGGUACGUAGUCUACUCUUCUGUAAAGGCUGCAAUGGCAUUCCAAGUGGGCAUACGUAACUCGAGAACGAAGCAUCAUUUUUCAAAUUAAAAUCCAAGAAAACUAGAAGCCUAUAGAAACUCUUAUACUUACACUUCAUUAACUGAUCCUUGAGCAGCUGUAGCAGUCUACACAGUACAGAGAGACAGUCACAUGCAUACACACAUAAACACAUGCACACCAAGGAAUAAUAAUAUCCAAAUCAUACCUAUCGCAUGCAAGUCCAGUCUACUCUCCUUCUUUCUCCUAAAUUGUACUUAAAUACAACUCUGCGCGAGGCUAAUCAUGCGUGUGCGUAUAAUAUGUUUCCUACCUGUUACGUUAUUAUUUAACCUCUGAACUCGUGUGAACUAAACACUUUAUGUCUUGUCUCUUCAGAACACUGCUGGUGACGACCAUAGUGACAAGCAGCUUGAUCACACCGACUACAGGAGAGUCGAUUGUGACCUGUUUGUGGAGAAGAGCAUCAGUUUAAGGGAGGCCUUGUGUGGCUUCACUUGUACUCUGUACCCCCUGGACGGGAGGAGCGUGGGUGUGUCCAGGUCACCAGGAGCAGUGCUGUCACCAGGGUCUGGAGGGUGAGGGGAUGCCAGUGUUCAGGAAGCCUCAUGUCAAGGGAAACCUCUAUGUUCAGUUCACCAUCCAAUUCCCUGACUCUGGUUUCCUGGAGGAGAGUCAACUAAAGGUGUUGGAGUGUCUCCUGCCCACAGGACCUGACCCACCAGCACUGGACCCAGAGGCAGAGGAAGUGGAUAUGAUAGAGAGUGAGGGGACGAGGGGAGUGGGCGGGGCACAAAGGGGUGGAGCCAUAUACGAUGAAGAUGAGGAGGAUGAAGGAGUGGGCGGGGCACAGAGGGUGGGCUGCUCUCAACAGUGACACUCUUAGGAACUCUAUAUUCAUCGCUUUGAUUGUAUUUAUGGACUGGUUUUGUGGUUACUGCUAUUGUUCUAAUUAUGUGAAUAACGUUUGCCCAUACCACUCAUCAUAAUUAUUGUGA